AUGAUCUCUAAGCUUGUAAGUUUCGAAUCUUGCGCGCCACGGCGACCAAAAACGUAGAAAGGGGCGUGGCCUAGCGUGCACUGUUUAUCACCAUUUGGGCGCGAAAUUCGAAAUUUAUCCCCAUUUUUCAUGUUUUUCGUCAAAAAUUACCUAAAUUUUGUACGAUUUCGACGAUGUAAUUGCAUAACUUUGUUAAACUAAUCAUCGCGCGCACUUUUUGAGCUUAAAACGAGCAGGUUUCAUUCGGAAAUGAAUCAAUUGAAUCGAUUUCAAGUUUUGUGCUGAAAAUUCGCGAAUUUCAGUCAUUCGCCGACACUUUUUGCCGUUUGAACGCUUAAAAUACUUGUAUUAACGUGCUUAAUCACUUCCGACACUCACUUCGUCUCAAAACUGUCCAGAUCGGCCGCUAUGAAAAUUCCGAAAUUGCGGCGGCGAUUGGCCGCGGAGAGCGUAUUGCGAAAUAUGCCAAAAACGUCUCAAACGCGGCGUUUUCACGAAAAUUUCGAUGUUUUCUCUCUUUAAUGUAUCUUCUUUCGUCGAUAUCAAACACAAAAAUAUCGGAAAAGUGCUGGAAUUGCGGCAAUUUUCAGAAAACGCGUCUCAGAUUAGGCCACGCCCCUUUCUACACUUUUGAUCGCCGUGCGCUUUUGUAAAAACGUUCAUGUAUUAACAGAUAAUUUUGCCAAAUACUCUAAACAAUUUGUGGAGUGGUGAUGCAACAUACCGCGUAAGCAAACGACUGUGUGUCCAACAAGAACACUUUUUUGCAGAUAUUGAUACUCUCCGUACCGUUUGACAUUAUUGUCACUCCAGUCGUCAUCCAAUUCUCGUAUCUGUGCGCCAAUAAACGGAACGCCCAAUCGUUUGAUGCAAUGCUUUUGGAACCUUUUCGAUACGUGUGGAACAUGCUCAUGCAGCGUACUCGAAUUUAUCCCAACCACUAA